GUCGCUGGUUAGUCCCGCCCUCCCUCUCCCGGUCCGGGCUGCCAAGCGGUAGCCAUGACUGCGCGCGGGACUCCGAGCCGCUUCCUGACGAGCGUCCUCCAUAACGGGCUGGGUCGCUACGUGCAGCAGCUGCAGCGCCUGAGCCUCAGCCUCAGCCGGGAUGCUCCCUCGUCCCGCGGCGCCAGGGAGUUCGUGGAACGCGAAGUGACCGACUUCGCCCGACGCAACCCAGGGGUCGUAAUAUACGUGAACCCGCGGCCGUGUGCGGUGCCCAGAAUAGUGGCCGAAUACCUUAACGGGACCGUGCGCGAGGAAAAGGUCAACAGCAAGUCGGUGGAGGAGAUCACAUCUCUGGUGCAGAAGCUGGCAAACCAGUCCGGCUUGGAUGUGAUCCGCAUCCGCAAGCCCUUCCACACGGACAACCCUAGCAUCCAGGGCCAGUGGCACCCCUUCACCAAUAAACGGACGGCCCUCCACGGGCUGCGGCCCAGAGAACUUCAUGAUCCUGCUCCAGAUUCGGUACAAGCACAGUAAAGAACCAGGCUUUGGACAGUGAAAGUGAUGAAAUUGCUUCCUCUUUCGGGUUUCAAGCUCAGGCCAAUAAAUGGCGACUACCAGCGGGGGCGUGGCCCGGGAUAAAGAAGAGCUGACUGUUACCUAGCUAGGUACAGUGACCUUGUGAAUACCCUAAUUCUGAUUCUGCUGGCGUCCUUGCAAGUUGAGAUGUGAAAAGGCUUCCAAGUGUUGUACAGGGUCCUUGUUUUGUGGAAUCAAAAUAAUAAUGAUUUCAAAACGCAGUGAAGGGUCUCAAGGCUGGCUUCUGAAGAGCCCGUGGUGUCCUGUUGUUCUUGCUGUGGCCUGGCGUUGGGCGAGGCACCUUCCAUCUGUGUUUGUGUGCAGAUUGGAAACUGAAGUCAUUAUUAAACUUACCUAAGACCACA